UAAGGUCACGGCACCGUCAGGCCAAUCACAUUGCACGAUAAAAAAUCAGCCAAAUCAGCCAGGGUAAACUUCCCUGAGAAAGGGAUGACGCAAGUUAUUUUGUUCGCUAUUCAACAUCUUGUCAAGACGAAGUUAAGAUCUGACUCAUAAGUCUGGAAACAAUUAAUCCGGGAGCCACAAUGGACCGAAAUCAUGAUCAAAACAACAUCGAAGCCGAAAUCCGUAGAAACGAGGAAAGGAUAGCGUCUUUGGAGAAAGAUUUAAAAGAAAGUUUGGGCAGCAAUAAAGAUCUUAAAGAUAGGAUCAGCGCUUUAGAAAAGGAAAUACAAGACCUGAAAGAUGAGAAUAAAUUGUUGAAAAAACAGCGGCAAGAAAUGGAAAAAGGAAUGGAGAAUUUAGAGAAAGAAAAUAAACAUCAGCGGCAAAAAAUGGAAAAGAGAAUGGAAAAUUUAGAGAAAGAAAUUGAACAUCAGAAAGCCGUGUUGGUUAUUGUGCAAAUUGGCACAGCCUUACAGAGAAAUUUGUGCAAGUACGUCCUGGGAGAACACUUCAAAGAAAACUGUUUCUACAAGUUUAAAGAAAUUCGCAAAUACAUCCAGCAAGAUCUGAAAAAUGACAGGAAGGCCCAAGAGUCAGCAAAAAAGCGGCUGGCGGAAAUAAAGGAAAAGAUUCCUUGGGACCAAAGUUUGGUGAAUAGUCUGAAAAACCUUAAUCAAACGAGAAUCGGCAUUGCUCAUCC